GCGGAUGCUCCGCUUCGCUUCUUCUCUUAAGCGCGGAGCUCUCUUGUGGCGCUCCAAUCGGCUCCAUUUCGCUCUCUCAGGUUCUUUUGGUUGGGGCCACCGACUGGUUGGUUGGUUGGCUGGCGCUCUGCAGCUGCGUUCGUGCGCUUUUUCAAAAUAGUUACAAGAUGUUCAUCGAAGUGAGUGGAACGCCGCAGCGGUUAAACGGAAACGGUCGCAUGGACUCUUGAGCAGCCGAAGAAGCUCGCUUCCGAAAUCGCUUUAAAAAAACAAACAACGUACAAUAAAUCCAAAAGCCCAAUCGCGUUCUUCGUUCUUCGAGUGGAAACCAGCACAGCACAAAAAACACGACACUAAUUCAUCUGCAAAUGGAAAACAAUUCCAAUUCUUCUAACUUCAAGCCAAAAUAAAAAAUAAAACCCAGUGAAACAAGAAGUGCAUUCGGUUUUCCUGCUCGUGGAGCUAUUGUUAUUUUUAAAUUGCUGACCGCAGAAUAUUUUUAAACCUUAAAAUAGACGGCAAUACACAAAAAAGAGAUGCCGCCGAAACAGAAAUAAACCAAAAAAUAAAAAUAAAAAAAACACCCAAAGGGUAUAAACUCGAAAGUGCCAAAACAAACAAGAAUUUCGCUUAGGAAAAGUGCGUGUUCUAAAAAUAUAACUACUACGAAUCUAAAACCGCAACAAAGUAGCAAAUCUAGGAUUAUUUUUGCCGACCAAUCUCAACGCAAAACUGCAUUUUGUUAAAAUAUUCAAUCUGGAGACGCAAAGUGUCAAAGUGUAGUGCGAAAGAAGAAAUAUUUAUAAAUCUCUGCCAAAAAGAAAAGAAAAACAUAAACAACCAAAAGAGAGAAGAGAGAAUUCUACUCACAUUUCGUGCAUUUUAUACAGAUUUUCGUUUUUUUGGAAUACAAAAUAAACAGAAGUACAAGAGGCGGAAUCCAUUAGUUCCGCAUUAAAGUGUUAAAAUAAAUUAAGUCUUGGAUACUCCGUGAACUUUGCAUUUUGGAAUACUUCAGCAGCAUUUUGGAUAUCCGUGCUAGUGAAUUCUAUAAAAAUAAUAUAUAUUCUCUAUAUAUAUAACCGAUCGAUCUGGAGACCAGAAGGAAAUAAUUUCACAAAGUUGACAUGUUCAAAGCCAGCGAGGAACUCUUAACUUUGCAUAUCGUUAACCACUAGCCAGUCUUGAGGGAGUUUCCAAGACAGGAAAGGAGACCACUAGACUAGCAGCAACAGCUGGAACGUCAGCAACAUGGACCUACCAUCAAUGGUGCAGCGUUCUGGAGACACGCUCAUCGUGCGCAGCGUAGUCAGCGGCAAUCAGUUGUACACAGAGCAGGGUGGUCAUCAACCCACCGGCAAUAAGGGACACAUUUCGAGUAACUCGAGCAGUAAUACGGCUGCCACACAAGCGGGCUCAUCACUCCUGGAGCGACAUGUAGAACGCUUUCGUCUGCAGCAAUUGCUGCAACAGCAGCAACAAGCGGCAGCAGCCGUUGCCGUUGUGAACAGCGUACAGCAGCAACAGCAACAGCAGCAUCAACAGCAGGCUGUCAUAGGCAUGGAUGCCAAGGAGGAGGGCCUGCCACAGUGCAAAAUCAAAAGGAACUACAGCUGCAACCACUGUGCGUACUUUACGCAGAAUCCCCGCUACCACUUGACUCACCUGCGAGAUGUGCACGGCGAGAAGAUAGUGAUCAACAAGUGCAAGCUGUGUCUGUAUGCCUCGCGGCAUUUCCAGAAGCUGGUGCGGCACAUGAAGAUGGUGCAUGGCUGCACAGAUGGCAUACCCAGCGGACAUGGGCAGGCCAGGGGCAAAAGGGGCAUGAGCAGGGAGGCACGUAAGCGACGCCUGGAGGAGAGUGUAGGCGUAAUGGGUGGCCAGAGCCUGACAGUAUCGGUGCCGGAUAUGCCCACCCUAGAGCAGGUGAAGCGGGAGCUCCUUUUGCAGGAGGAGAAGUUGCAGAGGGAUAUCCAAGCCUUCAACCAACGACAGCGUGAGGAGCAACAACGCGAGCAGCGCGAACUUGAGUUGGCCACCACUACGUAUGAGCGACAAAUGCAGGUCCUGCGCGACUACGAGCGUCAGUCACCGGCCGAACCGCCCACUCCCUCGCCCACCAGUGGCUCGGCCACUCCCCCGUCCAACGGGGAGGAACCGCAGAACCGCCUGCUCAAGUGCAGCGCCUGUGAGUUCACCACCCUCUACCGAACCCAACUGCGAGCCCACGAGCUGGCCGAGCACGGCAAGACCAAGUUCUUCCGCUGCGACAAGUGCAGCUAUGUGACCCACAUCAAGGCGCGCUUCAGCAAGCACGUCAAAUACCACUCCAUGCCGAUGAUCAAGUGCGUGACCUGCGACUUCCGCACACCCUACAAAUGGAAUCUGGACAGGCACAUGAAGAACCAUGGCGGUGCGGGUGCCUUCAAGUGUGCCGCCUGCGACUUUACCGCCGACAUCAAGCAAUCGCUGACGGUGCACGAGAUGAAUCAUCAUGUGCCGCCGGUGGGCAAUGCUGGCUCCAUUUGGCCGAGGCGCCAAAAUAAAGUGGGAGCAAGUGAGAUGUGCGAUGAUUUCCUCAGCGACUCGGCUGAGCUGGAGGAUCAAUAUAAUAACAACAAUGUGGACGAUGAACUGGACGUCGUCGAGGACCCUGAUGAUGCCAUGAGUGGAGGCGAAGAGCAGUCAGUGCACCUGCAUCACUACGGCAAGAGAAGCAAGUACGACGAGGAGGAAGAACCCACGGAUCUCUCCCAGAAGGGCGGCUGCUCCUCGGACACAUCCAGUGUUGGCACUCCCACACCAAGGGCCCAGCGACCUAUGCCCAAUCUCAUCCCCAUCAGCAAGGGUGCCAAAGACGUAUUGAACCUGUCGAAGGAGACGAAUGCCUCGCGCAGCAGCCUGACAGAGAUCGCAUCGAUGUUCUUCAAUGAGAAACAGAUCUCGGAGAUGCUGGACAAGUCAGAUGUGCCACAAUUAUCGCCAGCGACGACGGUGGCAUCCCAGAACUCCUCGCGCAGCCAAAUGACCAAGAAGUCCAGCUUUAUGGACAAACUGAAGACGGGAGCGCAGCACGAGAAUCUGGUGUGCCAGUGCGGCCAUGUGGCCAAAUGCCUCUCGGAGUCGAUCAUCCACGGCAAGACCUGUCACGCUUCGGCAGUGAUCAUCGACGACGAAGAUGCUGGUUUGCACGAGGACGAUGCCGAUGAUCGGCUGGAAAUUGACGAGGAUGACGAAGAUCAUCACUCCCAUUCGGCCCUGAAUCUCAGUGUAACGGGAUCUACGCGAUGCCAGCACUGCCGUCACCGCUGCAAGUCCUCCACAGAUCUGCUGCACCAUCUGAAGCAGUGCGUUGAGGCGAUCCGCUGCGCCAACGAGAUGUACGACUCGAAUUCCGGGGAGAGCGGCGAUCGGCGCCCAGAUUCGCAAAGUCUCCAGCAGCAGGCGGCCGUCCAGCAACAGAGGGUUUGCAUCUGGAACAAGGCCACCAAGGAGAUCGUCGCUGCCGCCGCAGCCGCAUCCAUGCAGCAGGAGAACAACAGCCACAGCCUGAUCAAGUCUCCGGCCGGAAGUCAGGCGGCUAGCAAUGAGGAAAACAGCUACUAUGGCGUGGAAACAGCACCCGGUUACGGCGAGGUAACCAAAAAGAUGACGCCCGAAGAGGAGGCAGCCAACUCGUCUCUGAAGAAGGUGUACAAGUGUCCGCACUGCAGCUUCUGGGCCUCUACGGCAUCCCGCUUCCAUGUGCACAUCGUGGGUCACCUGAACAAAAAGCCCUUCGAGUGCUCCCUCUGCUCAUACCGCUCCAACUGGCGCUGGGACAUCACCAAGCAUAUUCGCUUGAAGACCAUUCGCGAUCCCUCCCACAAGACGGCAAAGGUCCUGAUGAACGACGAGACGGGUCGCAGGAACUAUACCAAGUAUAAUAAGUACAUCACCCUUAUGAAGGUAACCGAGGAGGAUGGCGAUCCUAAGCUGAUGAAGUCGGGAGAGAUGACUCCUAAUCAGGUGGCCUCGCUAGCCUUCCUCAAGGACUACGCUAAGGUGGGAUCGGUAACCGGCCAAGAUAUCACCUUGGAGCCGGUGUUGCCGAACAAGCCAAAUGUCCUGGAUGAUGCCCAUCUAGCGGACAAUCUCAUCCGAAUUCCCCUUUUGGCCACAAUGAUGAACGCCGCGAUGGCCCAGCAGCAACACCAGCAGCAGCAGCAACAGAAGGAUCACCAGUCCACGAUGAUCACACCCUCGGUGACCAUUUCGCCGGUCAAGCGAUCAAAUCAGGGAUCAGUGAUGCAAGGCAAGCCCAGCGAUGAUCUGAUCACCGAGGUUCACCAGGAGGGCAAUGAGAAGAGGACGGUCUACCGAUGCCGCAAGUGCAACUUUGGCCACCAGAACCGAGAUGCGGUGCUGGCGCACGUGAAGAUCCACUACCAGGACGCCAACUAUCCGAAGUCGAACUCCGCCAACUCUAACACCUCACCACUACAGGUGUCCGUGGGCGGUAAUCAGCAAUUCUACAUGAACAAGGUCUUCGCCGCCAUGUGCCUAUCGCAGACCCAGUCGCAGUCGUCGCCUAAUUCCGGGUCCGCCGGAACGAGUCCGGCUAUCUCGGCCGGACUACUGCAGCGGGCCAUCCAGGAGGCCCAGCACUCGCCCACGCCCAACGCCAGCGCUCUGAGCGGACUUGCUUUGGCGUUGGCGGGCGGAAAGCCACAAGCCAAUACGACGAAAGCCAGUGCCGCCUCCAUUUUAGAGCACGGUGAGCAGAAAGCGAGUCAAAACGAGGCAAGUGCCGACAGUCUGACGUCGCCGAACACCACCACCACCAGUAGAACCACCAAAGCCACCACUAGCACCACCAAAGACACCGCCAGAUCGCUGCAGGAUCUGCUCACAUCACCGCGCAGUGCCAGAAAUGGAAAUCAUCUCUCUAACGCUAACAGUAACUCGGUUGUGGGAAAUGGACUCCGGCAGGAUGUCGUCUACGUCGCCUCAUCUACCACCACCAACAAUACCACACAACCACUACCCACCAACUCAGUCAGCAAGCCCAAUGCAUCGCCUUUGCCAGUAACUACCACUCCUACUCCUAUUUCUACUGCCACACCACCAGCUAUAUCAAAGUCCCUGGCUCAUCAACUGGGUGCGGGUAACCACAGCUCAUCCUCAUCCCACCACAAUGAUCAUCCUCCACUCAUGGCCGGUGAAGGUUACCACCUGGCGUCGGGUCUAACCCAUGCCCACUCCAUAAACACUAACACAAAAGCCAAUCCCAACUCCAAAUCCUUUCCCUCGUCAUCGUCGUCGUCGUCGUCAUCGUCUUCGGUGGCGUCAACUUCAUCAGCCGCCGGCUCUGCGUCCGCAUCCGCGUCUUCCUCCUCCACAUCGUCGCCACCGCCGCCGGCAGCCUCAUCUUCCUACCUGGCUGUUAUGGCACAGCAGCAACAGGCACCACCUGCCUUGCCGAUGCCCCAUCCGCCGACAAGAUUCCAUAGCCAUAGUCCAGGUAGUCCCAGCCUACUGACCACGGCCGAUGGCGAUCGACGCGAUCCGUCGCCGUAUCGCUGCGGCCACUGCCACCAGGUCUCGAAUUGGAAGCAUGUCAUCCAGCGGCAUUGUCGCUUAAAGCAUUCCGGGGAUAUUCGGAUCGAGACCCUUGAGCGAGGAGCCAGUGUCUCGGCAAAUGCACCACCCAUCUACCGACCCAUGGGAGCAGGUGCCAGCAACGAAUCCCAGUCCCACAUCCUGUCGAAUCCAACCAGCAACAUCCUGAAACACAGCAGCAACACGAAUGCUAGCAACAACAACAGUGCCCAGCUGCUGAUGACCACCAAACAACUAGAGCAGCUCCUCCACUCGCCGCUCUCCGCCAGCGCCGCUGCGGUGGUGAAUGCGGCCAACACCCAGCAGGAUAUACAGGCGGCUGCUGCCGUUUGGGCUGCAGCCUGCAAUGCGAUGAAGGCCUGCAGCAGUGCCGAGGAGUUGCAGCAGUUGCAGCAAAACGACCAGAUCGAGAUCACCCGCCUACCCUCAUCGGUGGAUCACUCCAUUUCCGUAGGCAAUAAUACCAAGAGCAAGCAGCAAAAGUGUCCGGUGUGUCCCUACAUCUCAGAGAGCAAAUCCCAGAUGAACUACCACGUGUCGCUGCACAAACCCACUCAAUAUGAAUGCCGACUGUGCACCUUUGUCUGCGCCAAGAAGCAGCACUUAAGCAGCCAUAUGCGAAGUGUCCACCAACAGCAGAUGAGUGUAUCAGGCCCACCAGCCGGAGGAGGUCUGGACUACAGUAUGGCCUUGCAGUUGGCCGCUGCUGCCAAGCAGGUACAACAACUGCCCGCCUCCACACCGCUUUCGAUAGAUCUGUCUCAGGUUCAGCUGGAUGCCGCUUCGGAUGCCGAACUAAACCCACAGCAAUUGCCACCGGAAUACCAAUACAAACUGAUUAGCUACUGUCCGAGGUGUCCGGCUCGCUUUGCCCAGAAGCACAAUGAUGAACGCAAUGCCAAGCAAGAGCUGGAGAAACAUUUGCUGGCCCAUACCGACCAUGAACUGGAGGAUCAGGAUCAGGGCUAUGUGUGUGCCUACUGCGAGUAUCGCACAGCCGAGGAGACCAUGCUUCAACUACACCGGGCCGUGCACAUGUCCCACUACCAGGAGAAGUGCCAGCAGCUCUAUAAAAACUGCAAGGAGGACUCCGCGUACCCAGCGCCCAAGUUACUGCAGUUGACUGGCCCGGAAACCAUCUGGGUGGUAGAUAAUGAGUUGAGUUUGCAACUCCUACAACAGACCACCGGCGGAGGUGUAAGCUCCUCCACCGGGAGCUUUGAUAACCAGAACUCUCUGCUCAAGAAGCAGCUGGAAUCGGGCAAUGGCCAGGUAGUCACCAUUCCGAGGGAAACUACUGUGACUAAGAACGAAGGUGAGGCCCCGGAGGAAGAUGAAGAGCGACAUAGCAGCUCCACACCGUCGACCAGCGCCUCGGUGGCCACCAGUGACUUGGCAGCGGAUGCCAGUAGUGAUGCAGGAUCCGUAGACAUGCCCCAGUCUAUUCCAGCACCCGAACGGUGUCUUCACUGUCCGUUUGAGACACAGCAGCAUGAUGAGCUGCUGCAGCAUCUCCAGAAACAUGCCUGCGUCAAUCCACCACCCCCGAGUUCUCAGCAAUGUGCCCACUGUGACUACAAUGGCAACGAUGAAUCAGAAAUCGAGGAGCACACGACAUUACAUUUUAAUGCUAGUGAGAAACUCAAAUCCGUGGAGUUUUUUACCUGCUAUGAUCAGCUUGAGAUCAGUGUAGAGCGUGAUCCGGAGGAAACCGAUGAGUCCAAGAUCCAGCAAACCGAGCACAAUAACAACCAGGACAAUGUGAUGAAUGCCAAUAUGCAGCAGGGGGAGAGAACCCAAGAAGAUGAGGCUGCUGAUGAAGGGAUGGAAGAACCGCCAGCCAAGAAUCCCAGCACCAAGUUGAUUCUGUACAAGAACGAGAGCGGUUUGAGUGUGAAGCCUUCCCACGAAGAAGCCACUUUGGAGUCGCAGAAGAGCGAAAAUAUAAGCGAUCGCCUGCGCCGAAGGACUCUCCGCGGAAGUGCAAACCAGACGGAGGACAACCACGUCCAGGAACGACCCACUACACCGGACAAAAUGAUACUGGUCAAUGCCAAGACGGGCAAAGUCAUUUCCAGAAAGUAGACCGCCAAAGGUCAAAUCUUUUAUUAAAAUUAAUCACUUUUUACCUAAGUUAAUUAUACAUUUUUAGCCCUAAGUGAGUUUUGGUUUUGUUAAUACUUUAUUGUUGCUUAUGUUUUCUUUUUUUUGGGGUAUGAGUUAGUGGAGUUUGGGAUUCGUUUUAGGCACCUCUUAAGGAUUUAUAUUGUCACUAACACCCACAUACAUACACACCUAGUUGGAACAUGUUCCUGCACUUAAAACUUGAUUAAGCCCUAAGUUAGUCAUACACAUCUAUAAUUUAUAAAAAAGAAAAAAAAUCGAAUACUUUAUACAUGGGAGAAUCCGGAAUUCUUACUGUAAUUACUUGAUAGAAAGGUGCAAAAUGUAAUUUAAAUUAAUGGUAUUGUAAAUUAUCAGACAGACAACUAUAAAAAUAAAUUUAAAUGUAGGACCUAUAUUUACCAUUGGCUAAAUAUGUAAAUUGUAACAAGAAAACCUAGCCCAACCAGAGCAAGAUCCAAAAGCGUUUCAAAGAAAUCAACUUUGUAUAGGAGAAAAAGAGAUAAAUUCAAAAUUAAGUCUUGCUAAAAUUAAUUGGUUUAAUUUUUUGAAUGGGAACUGUGAUUAUUGAUAAUUGUAAAUGCAAAAAUACAAAACAAAAAGAAAAUGAGCGCGUAUAUCAUGCAAUGAAUAUGGUACUAUAUACAUACUAUAUAAAUCUAAACAUAAAAUAUAUAUAUAUAUAUAUAUUUACACACAGCUGCUGCUGCAAAAACAAAAACACAAUUUAAAUGCAAUUCAAAAUCAACAGAGAAUAGGGAAAUUUUUGCAAUAUUUGCAAUAUUAUUUUGUACAACUGCAGCAUACGGUUAAAAUUAGUUAAUAGUUUUUAGUUUCUACUACAGAAUAGUUAUUUUCUUAUCAUUAAUACGAUUGUUUUCCAGCAAACAGCGUCUUUGUAGCACAGUGUAAUCGUAAACACUACAAAAAAAAAUGUUAUCAUUAACUCUAAGAAAACGAAAAGAACACAUGUGGAAUAGCGGGGCCAUAUUUAAAUAGUUUAAAGCAAGGAAACAUUUAAACAAAGCAAAUCAAAACCAGAAUAUAACGCUAACUAGCGAUAUGUAUACAGAAACCUUCGUGGAUAUAACUGCAACCGCCUUUGAUAAGCAUAUAUACAUCUUAUAUCGAUACCGAUUUCUAUACACACAAUAUAUUAUAUUAAAUAGUCCUUAACAUUGAACUAUAUUUAAACUUAAAACUAGUGUAAAUAACUUAGAUUUGUUUACUACGCACACAACAACACACAACACACACACACACACAACAACACACUCGAAGAUUUACGGCAUUAAAUUACAACAAAGAAAAAUGUACAAAAAACAAUUGUUAAUAAAGAAAUCAAAUAAAAAUA